UGUGGGGAGGGAGCGGGGCGGGCCUAACUGGGGGCGAGGACUGGGCCAGAGUGGGGAGCAAAGGCGGCUGGAACUCCCGGACCCACAGGGGCUCUGGGUGAGGCCGUCUCGGGGCCUAGGCAGCUGCGGCAGACAGGGGCUCUAGGCUUCGCCGCGGUCGUUCUUCGCAACGCGGUCUGAGGGCCGCUGGGAACCGAGGCCUGGACUUUUCCGCCGCGCCACAGGCAGCUGCGACACCGACGCGGCGCAACCCGGGUCGGGCCCGAGGGUGAUGGGCGGCGAGCCCCGCGAGCCCCGACGGCCUGGGAGAGCGGGGGGCGGCGCGAGGCCGGGGGCGGGGCAGAGCGGGUGGGGCCGAGCUUGGGCUGCCGGGAUGCUGCGUCUCUAGAGAUGGGAGGUUGGCGACCAUUGCCCUCCUCCCAUCCCAGGAUCCUCAUACCUUCUAAUGCUUCCCUUUUUCUGAAUACUGCAGUGGCAUCUUUAUUACUUUGGCCCAUUUUGCGGGCUCGAGAUCUUCCUUUCGGAGCCAUGUCAGAAGGAGUGGACUUGAUUGAUAUAUACGCCGACGAAGAGUUCAACCAGGACCCAGAGUUCAACAAUACAGAUCAGAUUGAUCUGUAUGAUGAUGUGUUGACGGCCACCUCACAGCCUUCAGAUGACAGAAGCAGCAGCACUGAGCCACCUCCUCCUGUUCGCCAGGAGCCAUCUCCCAAGCCCAACAACAAGACUCCUGCAAUUCUGUAUACCUACAGUGGCCUGCGUAAUAGGCGAGCUGCCGUCUAUGUGGGCAGUUUCUCGUGGUGGACCACAGACCAGCAGCUGAUCCAGGUUAUUCGCUCUAUAGGAGUCUAUGAUGUGGUGGAGUUGAAAUUUGCAGAGAAUCGAGCAAAUGGCCAGUCCAAAGGGUAUGCUGAGGUGGUGGUAGCCUCUGAAAACUCUGUCCACAAAUUGUUGGAACUUCUACCAGGAAAAGUUCUUAAUGGAGAAAAAGUGGACGUGAGGCCGGCCACCCGACAGAACCUAUCACAGUUUGAGGCACAGGCUCGGAAACGUGAGUGCGUCCGAGUCCCAAGAGGGGGAAUACCUCCACGGGCCCACUCCCGAGAUUCUAGUGAUUCUGCUGAUGGACGGGCCACACCCUCUGAGAACCUUGUACCCUCAUCUGCUCGUGUGGAUAAGCCCCCCAGUGUGCUGCCCUACUUCAAUCGCCCUCCUUCAGCCCUUCCCCUGAUGGGUCUGCCCCCACCACCAAUUCCACCCCCACCACCUCUCUCCUCAAGCUUUGGGGUCCCUCCUCCUCCUCCUGGUAUCCACUACCAGCAUCUCAUGCCCCCUCCUCCUCGAUUACCUCCUCAUCUUGCCGUACCUCCCCCUGGGGCUAUCCCACCUGCCCUUCACCUCAAUCCAGCCUUCUUCCCCCCACCAAAUGCUACCGUGGGGCCUCCACCAGAUACUUACAUGAAGGCCUCUGCACCCUAUAACCACCAUGGCAGCCGAGAUUCGGGCCCUCCACCCUCUACAGUGAGUGAAGCUGAAUUUGAAGAGAUCAUGAAGCGAAACAGAGCAAUUUCUAGCAGUGCCAUUUCCAAAGCUGUAUCUGGAGCAAGUGCAGGGGAUUACAGUGAUGCAAUCGAGACGCUGCUCACAGCCAUUGCAGUUAUCAAACAGUCCCGGGUCGCCAAUGAUGAGCGUUGCCGUGUCCUCAUCUCCUCACUUAAGGACUGUCUUCAUGGCAUUGAAGCCAAGUCCUACAGCGUGGGUGCCAGUGGGAGCUCUUCCAGAAAAAGACAUCGAUCCCGGGAGAGGUCACCUAGUCGGUCCCGGGAAAGCAGCAGGAGGCAUCGAGAUCUGCUUCAUAAUGAAGAUCGGCAUGAUGAUUAUUUCCAAGAGAGGAACCGGGAGCACGAGAGACACCGGGAUAGAGAACGGGACAGGCACCACUGAGAAAGGAGUCUGGUUGGAAGCAAAUGUUUUUUUAAUGGACUUGCAUCUCCUCACCUUGAUCAGGACUAAAGGACGGAGGCCGCUCCACCCCUUCCCUUUCCUCCAAUCCCCUAACUCCCUUCAGACACCCAGGGAAUACCCUCUGCCCUACAGGAUUGAAGACUGCUUGGCAGCCCUCCUAAUCCCAUACCUCCUGUUUGCCAGGAGAAAGAACCUAAAGACUUAUGUGGUUGGGAGGGGUGGCAGACAAGAAAAAAAACAACACAUGUCUAGGCCCCUGGUCUCCAUAGAGAAUGGUGCUUUGUCCAAGGAAACGUAUGAGUUUCUGAUUCUCCAGGAGCAAUUCAGUGGUGAGGUUUAUGGGAAGACUUCUUCCUUCCCAAAGAAAAUGGAUCUUCCAUGUCUGAUCUAGGAGAGUGACUGGGUGUGCCAAAUAUGCCCAGGGUCCUGCCCUCAGCACUAGAUCUGAUGGGGCCAAGAGGGUCCCAAUCCCUUGCUAACAUACCACUUCUUUGUUUAACUCUUUUACCUUCCAAGCCCUUUGAGGAGGAACCAUAAGAACAGAAAUUAACCUUAUGAAAAGCUAGUUCUGUUCUUGCUUUUCCUUCUCAUAUAUUGAUGGUUCAUUUCCCUGACCUCCCAGAGAGCUGAACCCUUUCACCUCUCUGCUGCCCAGCCUUCUCGUGGACUUGUCCCUCAGCAGAGAAGGCCUAGUGAGGUUGCUUUCUGCUGGGAAGCCUGGUAGAGCUGAUUACCACCCUCUGCUGUUUAGUGCUUGGUUGCCUCUUGCAAUAACCAGCCAGCUCUUAGCCGUUCCCUUUCCCUGGGGCUUUCCCAUUUAACACAUGGAGCCCUUCCCCCCAAGAAGGCUGCUUCCUUGUUUUAGAGGAAGGUAUUGCCGUUGGGAGAUGGGGACAUUGGGACCUCAGCAAUGAAGAACCCUUGUGAAGUACCAGGAAUAGUGGGGAAGGAGGCAAGUUGGGCAGGGCCUACUUCCAUAGGUUUUUCUUUUUUCAGGUUUGAUGUAAGCAUGGGCUUGCAUCCCCGAGGUACAUACUUUUACAUAUUGUGAGAUAGCCUGGCACUAGUAGGCAGGUAAAGUCACAAAUUUGGUGUCUUUUCACUUUUGACUAUUGACUUAAUAGCUCCUCUUGCUCUACCUGGAGGUACUUCCUGCCUCUGAUAAAGGAGCAGGAAGAAAUGGAGCCUGACUUGAAUGAACUCAGCUCAGACUUCUAAGGACCAGCACUCUGGGGGCCGUUUUCUACACAGGCAAAUGGAAUUGCUUUUCCCAUAACAUCCAAAUUGUGAUGUGGUUGCUGCUGAAGAAGGAGGCAACAACAGGGUCCUGCAGUACCCACGGGGUGAUGCUACUUCUGCAUGAUAUGAAUAGGGCACAUAACAUCUAAUGUAAGAAGAGACGUGGCAUGUGAGAUGAGACUUGGCACGUGAGAUAUAGGGUCACUGGAGACCCUUCUGGCUCAGAGGGGAGAGACUGAAUUGAACUGAACCCUUCCUCUGUUCCCAGCACGUUUCUGACAUAGCCCUCAGUCACUGAGGGAAUCCCCCAGGGUUGGAGAGGCACAUUCCCCCGGGACAGAGGCUACAGGUUGUAGCUUUUUUCCCCCUGUCCCCCCAACCCCAUCCCCACCUCCACUUGAGAACAUGGCACCCCACCCAACCAGCCAAGUGUUAAGUGAUGUGCUUAUCCUCAAGAGCAGCUCCGGGUGUCUUUUUAAAAUGUAGAGAAAACCAAGUAAGGUGACAGUUUAAGGGGAAAAAAUAUAUAUAGAAUACCAGAAAUACAGUUUACCCGGAGAAUUUUUUCUCCCCAUUUUUGUUUUGUUUUUACUCAAUGACACAAUUUUUAGUUUUGUUUCCUGAUAGCAAAAGGAAAAAACCCCAACCCGCAAAAAGGCUAAGGUCCCGUCCCCUUGUUGUCGGUGAUUUGUUUGUCUUUCUGAUAGGUUGAAAAUUGUGUAAUAAACUUGAUGACGCUGUCAAUCUUUUAUACUGCAUUGUAUUUUUUUCCUUUUGUAACAAAAUAUUUUUAAAUAAUAAAUGGGGUGUGAGCUGUUUUAUGGA